AUGAGGGCGGACUCCGAGCCCCCACCCGCCAAGCGGCACCAACCAGAUACUCUCGACAAAGACCCGCGGGCCCUUUUAAGAGCCGCAAGCGACAUUGGCCCAAGGGUAUCUUCCAGCCAGAAGUCAUUCUUAAAAGUAAACUUUUUAAGCGACCACGGAUACACAUACGACAGUCUAGAACUCCGCGCGCCAGAACCUCCUAUCUCAGUAGCGCAGGUCGACCCACAAAGCUUCGUCACUCCAGGCCUCGAAAGCUUAGCCCGGGAUCUAGAUAUUCCGAAGCGAUACAAGCCAAAAGAAAGUAAACGAGACCUGCGGCCUUCCGAACGCGGGUACUGGCUCGUAGACUGUUCGGCUUGGGAUCCGCAGCUCAAACGCGAUGCUUGGGCGUACCUUGCAAACUAUGUCGGGACUGGCGUUGCGGGAUGGGGCGUCUCGUGUAGGAGGGACAGGGAAUUCCAGACUCUCCGGGUUUACUGCUGGGGCUUGGUAACGGCGCAUAUCUACUUGCUAUUAUAUCUGGCCAGCCAGCGGAAGAUUCUGUAUACUGGCAGCUCUUGGAUUGAUAGCGAGGAUAUCCUAGUUAUUGUCAUGCAAACGAGAGAAUAA